AUGGCGACCGCUGCGGUUAUGUCGCGCAAGCAGCACUACGCGCAAAACCACAGUAGUUCUUCCCUAUUACGAUACACGAGCCGGUACCGUGAUGAGUCGCCGAUCGGGCUGCGAUUUAAGAGGCAGAGCAGUUCAUCUUGCAGUCCCUACAAUAACUUCCAGGGAACUUCUGCAUCAGGAGCUUCUACGAUGAAGACUACUUCAGCGGCACAGAGCAGUAAUUCUCAUUAUCAUCAAAACCAGCGCCGACGCUGCAGCCCGGUGCCAGAGGAAACCAGUUCUUCGGCUUCAUCACGCAGUGGUAGUUAUAGGUCGUCCAACACGAACACCAGCACCCGAUCGGUGACGGGAAGCUGCAAUGCCUCUUCCGCAUCCGUGCGCAGCUCUACAGAAAAUUCGCCCGCGUCCGCGUCGUCGCGGAGGAGCUCGAAUAGUAGUACGACCCGACAACAUGUUGAUCACCCAAAUCUGUCGAUCGACACAAGCAGACGACAAGAAAGCAGCCGCGCGCUGGCGCUGAGGCAGCGGAGUGAUAAAAAUCCAUUACCUUCUCUAAAGAUGAAGGACGAGGAGAACACCACGACAUCAAGCAGUGCAAAAAAUAACCAGUCGCUCCUCCUGUUCCGGCAAAAUACCAGCCCGAUUCGCGGGUUACCGCACCACAACGAGAAAAAAAACAUCGAGGAGUGGGACCAGGAGCGCGACAGCGAGCGGAAAUGGUUGUGGAAACAGCUAGAAAAAGCCGCGGCGAGACGGAAUAAAGUGGUGUCGUCGACGGGGGCAUCGUGUACAACUGAUAAAAAUCAUACCGGUCAUGCUGCGGCGGGCACUGGCGCUGGGACGACGAGAAAUAAAGACAAAAGCUGUAGUACAACUUCAUCUACGUCGAUGAAAAUGGUCAAAAAUUACGGCCCGAAUAGCAAGAGUAGUUCGGACAGUGUUUCCCAGUGCUCCACUGCCGCUUGCACGGGGGACCGCACGCCGUCGGAUGGUAAUUCGGCGUCCAGUCUCGGUAGCAAGAGAAGUUUUACCGCGUCGUCGCAUGGUGCGUCGGCACAAGGUGAGGAGGAUGUUGUCCUCUACCCGAAGAAUUCUUCACCGGAAUCUAAUUGCAUGUCUUCCCGACCACAGGGCUCAACGAUGAGGAGUGGAACAAAUCAUGAUUCUGGACGAGCCGUGGAAGACCAACUGCACGACGACCCUUUCAGCGGUGUCAGUGCAAGAACUUCUUCCGCGCCGUCCUUGCUGGCAAUGGGUGGUCGUUCUUCCUCCAGGAGUAAGAACAGCGAGAACUACUUUUCGACCGUUCCGCAGAUCCAGGCUACACUCUCCACCAUCGCAGGAGGAACUACAAAUAACGCACCAGCAUCUGACGCCGGUCCCAGUGAUUUACGCGUCGGAGGAACAUCAAACGUUGAGCAGCUAGACGAAGCUGUUUUGCCGCUCUUGCCAAACCAGAAAUCUGACAGCGAAAUCUCCGUUCACAACAUGGCAAACGAGGAGCAGCUGUUUUCAGCAUGUAACCGACGAGAAAGCUACUUGGAGGCCCUGAGCAUCGAUCAGCUGGUCAGCGAGCACCGUUCGGUGUCCGAGGUGUCCGCCGUCGUGCCAGCAGGAAGGAAACAUAGGGACGAGGGAAUAAUUAUAGAGGAUCUGCAGUCCAGCAAGAAUGAUCAGCAGCUGCAGCAACUUGAUAAACUUGUUAUUUCCACCUGUCGAGAUGAUGAUCAUGAAGAUUCGCAGCACAAGAACUCGAGGAGCAGCGUCGCGGCCGGGAAUGAAUCUGGAAUCACGAGGACAAGCGACGGUAGUUGUUCUACGAGCAAAAAUUCUGUCGCUCCCGCCUCCGCUGCCUGCUGUGCGCAAAGUGCAGCUGCUGGUCAACACGACCUUACCCUCGACAGAGAAGAAAACCCCAAAAAAUCCUGGUGCGGGGUACAACUAUCCGACAAGAGCUCUACUUGCAGCUCUCGAGGGCCGCAGAGGACAGCAGCGGCUACCUCGUCCCAUGCGGGAGGUGGUGAAUCUUCGGAAAGACACAGAAGUAUGAUCCAGAUGCAAGAACAUCCUCCUGGUCCUGGUAUAAAUCCUCGGAUUUCCGCCACUUUUUCUUCCAAGUCGCAAUCUGUGGUCUCCGCUGCGACCACGGCCUGGAACACGGCGACCUCAGUGCUGACGCAGGGAACGACUACUUGUACAGCUAUGCGAGAAUGCGGCGCCGGAGGUGGAGCAGGAGCCCUCUCAUCAUCUUCCUGCUGUAGCUACCCGCCUCCGCCGGUGAAACGAGUGGUGAUUCUCGGCGGGGGGAUGAAAGCGGUGGCCUUGGCCAGGGAACUGGCGGUGACAUCAUCUUCCACCUUAUUUGGGCGGGCGGGGCAUGGAUAUGGGAGAGAAGACGAUCUGCCAGCAGCUUGUUCUACUACCAAAAAAAUGAACAACCAGCUCCGAUCCAUCGCCAUCAUUGACAACAAGUCUUUUUUCGAGCGCGACAGCAAGAUGGCACUGUCGAUCAAGGAUCCCAAGGAGUUUCUACCGAUGAAGUAUCUAGACGUGUUAGAGCAGAUUGGCGGGCAGCUACUGUUAUGCAUUGCAAAUAUGUCUGGGUCUGGAAACCUGUGAUGCCAGAAAGGGAAUAGUGAGCACACUGCGAUGCACUCCCCUGCAUGACAAGUUUUUCGGUGCUUCUGAGUUGCGUACUUAGCAUGAGAAGCAGCGUUUUUGCAUGGCAGACAAGAGGACGUCGUCGCGGGCACGCAAUACAGAGUUUAGAGUCAACGUGCCAGACUAGCAUGACAAAUCUCGCAAUCUUCUCCCAGACCCGGACAUAGUUGCAGUUCAUAACUGUCAACAGCAACAAGUGGGGGUAGUAAAACUACAACUGCGACCUCCUCCACGAUUCGUCAAGAGGUCGUGAAGCCGAUGGUGAAGCUGAAGUUCUAUCGGGGAGAAAUUUUGGAAAAGUUCGCGAAUUCCGUGAAGAUCCGAACCGGAAAUGGGAAUUAUCAACUGUAAAAAUGUCUGGGUCUGGAAGGUUGGAACUUGUGAUGCUAACUUUGGACUCUAAAAAAAUCUGUACUGCAUGACCAGCACGAGGAAGCUAGUUCGCGCUACGCGGGGAGGGCGUUUGUCAUGCGGAGUAGGUAUCAGGAAGCCCUCUAAAAAUCUGUGAUGCUAGGUCGUGCAUUACAGGCGUCCUGGCUCAUGCAAAAUAUGCAUGACAAACCCGGCAACAUUCCAGACCCAGACACUUUUACAUUUGAUAGGAAUGGUGCUUGUGCGAAUUCUUGUUCCAUUGCAGACGAGCAAGAGCAAGCGAUCGACGAGCUGCAGCAAAAUAAAUCUGGGCAUCUGCUGCAUGACCUAGUCGCGCAGCAUCAGCAAAAAUCAGCGCCCCAGCAGGGUCCUCAGGAUGAACAGGAGAUCGCUUUCGAUUUGCUCAUCGAUUUGCGGUGCCGAAACUCAUCGUCUAUAGAAUCUGCCAACGCAGCUGGAUGCAGUUCCGGCAAAGUGUCAACGUCAAAUGUUCUUGCUGGACCAGAAAACAGAAGCCCGGGACAGAUGAAGAUUUUCUCCACGAGUUUGCGCAACAAGCAGCUGCGGCAGGCGCACGAUUUUCUGAUGAAUAUUAGCUCAUCAAGCUCACCUACUUGUAGCUCUUCCGGAAACAAAAUUAUCGGCCAGGUUAUUUUUCACCAGAAAUACCCCUUCGCCGUGUCUGCACAGUACGCGUGCUUUCUGAAGGAAGCCUUUCCGAAUUUGCGCGUGGUGGUGCGGAAGUACAACAAGGUAAACGGGGCGGAUGUAUUAAGCACCAGUGAUGUGCUGUCGCAGGACCACCAGGGUACAACUUUCGAAAAGGAAAUCGAGAAGAUUUUGGAGAAGCAGAACGUCUUCGUGCAGUACAAGGACGUGACGCGGAUUCAUUCCGAGGUAUUCUGAGUAAAAACGUCCCCACCCCAGAGUUGUCAUGCAGAUUUGCAGCUACAGGAAGAUUUGUAAUGCGCAUCCCCAUGAGAGGCAAUUCCAAGCGCGUUUUGCAAUUUGUAAUGCUGUCGGCAGGAUGAAUAGAUGGGUUUGUGUUGCGGCUGUACUUGCUAAACUGCACUACAAUACAGAGACGAACUUGUCAUGCUUGACCCCCAAAACUUCUCGAUUUGUGUUGCGAGAUCCCCAUCUUGACUCUGGUGUGGGGACGUUUUUACAUAGGAUACGAGGAGCACGGUGGUCUACUUCUGAGUGAUAGCCAACAUAAUUCUGGUGCUCCUGCAACCAGUCAGUAUUUCUACCCAACCACUUUUUUCUGCUCCCUGGCGAGUUUGCACCAAGACGUUUUGACAAAACUGGUAAGCAAGAAGCUCGCCGGCGCGGACCAGGAGAUGAACAAGGGGACCGAGCAUUUCGGCCGGUGCGUGCAGGUCGUGAUCCGGCCGCCAGGAUCUUCACCGAAUAGUACCACGCAGUGUGGUCAGCAUGGUGACCUUGCCGUCGUCGGUGAACGAGAGUACGGCGAUAGUAGUACCCUUUAUUCGCCGGGGGCAGCUGCGGGAAGUAGUGGUAAAAAACAGGGGACAGAUUCUUUUCCCUAUCAAGUGCUGCAGCUCCGACCGGGCAUUGCGAACGCGCAGAAAGAGGUAGUAGUAGAGCAGGGCGGUCGCAAGAAAAUUUUUACUGACGAUCCGGUGGUCACGAUUGUGAAGAAUCACAUGGGAAUUUUUACAGUGAGCAGGGAAAACUACACGAACAACACUUCUGAUACAACUAGUUCCGGCACUUCUACUUUUUCAAGUAGACCACUACACCAAGAGGACGACGCCGUCAAUGCUGUUUCGCCGACUUCCUCAACAUUCUCACAGCACCACCAGCAACAUGCUCAAGCCGCCAGCACAACCGUUUCGCCGCAAAACAAGAACUUUCACGCUCUGCAAUUCGGUUCCAAGCACGCCCUCGCGGUGGUGGUGGUAGAAAAUAAGGAUCAUCUACUUCGUGCAGGAGUUCCUACUUCCGGUGCGACUUCUUGUCUGGCAUCAUCAUCUACUACUUCCACGGGACAAUUAAUACCAUCUGGAAGAAGCAGUAGUUCUUCUUGCACGACGUCGACCAAGACAGCAAGAACCAGUGGCCCGAAGUACACUAGAACUUCCUCGGUAAAAAUUGUGUUGCAAGGCACGCCGGCGCGCAUUUUCGCGGAAGCGAAGGAAGAGUCCGACUGGAAAACGCUGCAGGGCAGCCGGUAUUUUUUCGGCGAGGUGGUGAGCAGGAUUACGGAAUUCGUGGGAAGAAACUGGAUCAAGGCGGUGUGUUAA